CAUUACUGUUGGAGUGAAAGCAAUGAAGUUGGAGACAGACUGAUUGUGUUCCACCUCCCAGUCUCUGAAUGGCAGCUUGAGGAUUUUAGCAUUUUGAACACACGGGAAAGUUCACCUUGUCUUAGAGGCUGUAGGAUUUUGGCCAGUAUGGGGCAGUGCUGGGCUCUGGCUGCAACGCUAUUCAUAACCUUGCUGAUGCCGGUCCAGUGCCAGAGUGGUGACACAGAAGACUGGGGUUCAGGCAGCGUGCUGGAGGCUGUGUUCAAUGUUUCGACUCCUGUUCUGCAUACUGCCGAGGAUGAUCCAGCCUGGUUUGGGAACACAUACUGGACCAAGCCGCUUUUCCAACUCAUCCCAGAGACCACCACAGAUGACUGCUCUGUGUACUUCCAGACCAACCAGGCUAUGUACAGGCGAUUAAGGGCAGCCAGGGAAGAAGUGGCUUAUCUAAAAGCCCUCCAGCAUGGGAACCAGGCAGUGGUGGAGAAUCUGGUCCAAUUUGUCGGAGCAGAGAUGGGCGAGCAUAGCUAUCAGGAGGUUAUCCAGGAGAACAUUGCCGGGAUAAGGGAGGAUCAUGCCAGCAGUGAGGGGGUAAUGAAGAAAGCAGCAGAGGAGCUGGAGAACCAGCUGGAGGGAGACUUCCUAAAUGCCCAGGCUGGAAUUCAGAAAAUCAAAGAAGGGUCUCUAGCCUUUGAACAGAUGCUGCGAGCGACAGCAGACAUCGCCAGCCGACUGGAGAUCUCCUCGCGGACGCUGCACAUGGCGCUAACAAAGCAGCUGAGAAAGACCACAAGAGUCCUUCACUAAAAAGCCCUAAACCCUUCAGUGGGAGGAUUGCCAGUUCAGAUGAAAAAAACAUCAUCGCAAUGUUUUUACAAGUCAGAUUUAUUUGGAGGCAAGGGACACGUAGAAAGAUAAUUCGAUAUUGUGUUGUGCAACGGUACUAGAGUUACACUUGUCCAGAAAGCUUAUUACAGGGAUGAUUGACUGAUUUCAUAAAAGGUCCUGGUUUUGACCGUUUCCUUUUUUUUACGUCUAUGAAUUAUAAUGGGGGGAGGGGCGCUCUUGGCAACGAAGUGACGUUCAGUGCAUUUUCUCUCCAAUUUCAGGAAGUUAGCGGAGUGUUAUGGUCUGGCUGUCUUGGUGCUAGGGUUCAGAUGGAGAGCAGACGGCUAGGUCCGCUCAGUCAGCAGGGAUACAUGUAAGUUAGAGUUGUAGUGGAAAAAUGGUAAAUGACGGUGAUGUCACACAAAAAUAAACGGAGCCUCAUCUGGAGGCCAAGGCUGAAAGGAGUCUCAUCUUUACCAAAUGAGAAUGGUUUAACUCCCACUACUUAUUAAUCAUAACAGACAUAUUAAAACAAUGUGUAAAAUAUGACAUAUGAAGAUAUACUGAAUAAAUUGCUAAUUUAAUUGCUGUUAUUACAUUAUUUAA